AUGAUGUCCUCCCGUCUUCGGCCUUCAUUGCCUCACCUCUGGUCACUGAGGCCGCUGGGCACAGUGGCCCCGAGGGAGAUGGCAGCAAAGCGGCUGGAGGCGGCCCCGUCCCAGGCGGCGGGCCCUGCUGCCCCCUCUGUGGCUCUGGCCUUUGAGGAUCCCAGUGCUUUCCGGGUGAAGAGCUUGGGUGAGCUGCUGCGGGCUUUGGGGGUCUUCCACCUCUGCUCUUUUCCUGUACUGGUGAACAACUGUGGGAAGUUGAUGUCUGUGGCACGGGCCAUCCUGGGGAAGAGGGGGUUCUCCUUGUUUCUGCGGCCCUCUGUGUAUGCCCAGUUCGUGGCUGGCGAGGACGAGAGGGAGAUCUCCCAGUCGAUGGAGAAGAUGAGCUCCCUGGGGCUGAGGCCCAUGCUGGCCGUGCCAAUCGAGGAAGACCUGGGAGAGAGCACCGGCGAGAAGAGGUAUGACGACAACAUGGAGGCCAUGUUGGAGUGCGUCCGGAUGUCCCACAGCAACGCCUGGAGCAGAGAUCCCAUGAUGCAACUGAAGAUCACAGCCCUGCUCAGCCCUGAGCUGUGUGUCAAACUCACCACUCUGCUCUCACAACAAAAAUAUGACCUGGAUCUCCUCGUCAGAGCCAUGAAUGGAGAGAAAAUCAGCUUCCCCGGUUUAGAUGAGAAAGAGACGGCCCACUUCCUCUGCAGCCUGCGGAGACUCAACAAAAUAGCAGAGGCCAGCUCCAACAAGGUCAGAGUUCUGGUUGAUGCAGAGUACACAUACAUGAACCCUGCCCUCUCCCUCGUCGCCAUGGCGAUGAUGAAGAAGUUCAACCGAGAUGGGGCCUGGAUUUGGAAUACAUACCAGUGCUACCUAAAGGAGUCCAGGUCUCUCCUGCUCGAGGCCCUGCGUCUGUCCCGGAGUGAGGGUUUCUGUCUGGGAGUCAAGCUGGUGAGAGGAGCCUACAUGGACAAGGAGAGAAAACUAGCCAAGCAGGAGGGCCGGGCCGACCCCAUCCACGAGAGCUGGGAGAACACCAACGACAGCUACAACGGCUCCCUGAAAGUCAUGCUGGACGCCAUCUCCCAGAAUCCUCAGCGCUACCGGAUCAUAGUCGCCACGCACAACGAGGAAUCAGUCAGACGAGCUGCACAAGGGAUGGCAGAGUUGGGCAUAGACAAAGAUGGAGGCUCAGUUUGUUUCGGCCAGCUGCUGGGCAUGUGUGACCACGUCUCCCUCACGCUGGCCCAGGAGGGUUACGCUGUGUACAAGUCAGUGCCAUAUGGCUCAGUGGAUGACACACUUCCCUAUCUGGUGCGCCGGGCCCAGGAAAAUCGCACUGUGCUGCAGGGCAUCCGCAAGGAGAGAGACCUGCUGAGGCAGGAGCUCCGCAGGAGAAUCCGCCUGGGGCUGAGGGGAGGCAGCUAA